UUCAAGCACCUUUGCAAUGAACAAGCUAAUUCCGAUAGCAGGUCUCUUUCUUUCCUUAAGUAUUUUGGCCUCAUCCUCCAGACUUGUGUGCUACUUUACUAACUGGGCCCAGUAUAGGCCAGGCAAUGGGAAGGCUCUACCAUCAAAUAUUGACCCAAACCUCUGCACCCAUCUGAUCUAUGCCUUCUCCGGUAUUAAUGAGCAAAAUGAGCUGGCCACGAUAGAAUGGAACGACGAGGAACUCUAUAAAUCUUUUAACGGACUCAAACAGAGGAAUCCAGAUCUAAAAACACUGCUGGCAGUUGGAGGCUGGAAUUUUGGAACACAAAAAUUCACUAAGAUCGUCUCAACACAAGCAAACAGAAACACGUUCAUUCAGUCUUCCAUCAAAUUCCUGAGAAAACAUGGCUUUGAUGGACUGGACUUGGACUGGGAGUACCCUGCAGCAAGAGGAAGUCCUUUGGAGGAUAAGCAGAGAUUCACAGUAUUAUGCAAGGAACUCCUUGAGGCUUAUGAAGCUGAGGGACGUUCAACUGGGCAGCCCAGGUUAAUGAUCUCUGCUAAAGUGUCUGCUGGCAAAGGAACCAUUGAUGCUGGUUAUGAAAUCGCAGAGAUUGCAAAGUAUCUAGAUUUUAUUAAUGUAAUGACAUAUGACUUCCAUGGCACCUGGGAAAGAGUCACAGGACAUAACAGCCCCUUAUACAAAGGAUCCCAUGAGACCGGUGACAAUGUUUACCUAAACACAGACUUUGCUAUGAGGUACUGGAAAGACAAAGGUACACCCGUAGAAAAGCUGAAUAUGGGCUUUGCUACGUACGGACGAACAUUUCGACUCUCCACUCAGUCCCACCAAGUUGGAGCACCAGCCAGUGGUCCCGCUGCUGCUGGUGUUUUUACAAGGGAGGCAGGGUUCUGGUCCUUUUAUGAGAUUUGCACGUUCCUUCAAGGGGCCGUUGUUCAGCUGAUUGAAGCUCAAAAAGUUCCUUAUGCCAUCAAACAAAAUGAGUGGGUUGGAUACGACAACAAGGAAAGUUUCAAUACUAAGGUCCGUUACCUAAAAGAUAAUCGAUUUGGAGGAGCCUUUGUUUGGGCUCUGGAUCUUGAUGACUUUAACGGGGAGUUCUGCGGACAAGGAAACUACCCCCUCAUCAGCUACCUUCGCUCUCUGCUGGCGUCAGAUCUUCCUCCACUUCCUACUUCUGAAACCAUUCAACCUAAAGUGAUUCCAACUCCAAAAGAAGACCCAGUGCCCACCCAACCUCCACCCAGACCGACGGAGGCCGCUUCAUCUGGAAACAUAUGUGCUACGAAGAUCGAUGGGCUUUAUGUCAAGCCUGAUGCCCCUGGGUCGUUUUACAUUUGUGCCAAUGGCAUGACCUGGAUUCUAAAGUGCCCAGAUAAUUUAGUCUUUCGAGACAGUUGUAAAUGCUGUGGUUGGCCCUAAAUGUACAUUUGUGGUAUAUACUUUAAGUAGUCUACAUGAAUUUCAACUAAACAGGAGUUUUUUACUUUAUAGUUCACAAUGUAAUUGUAUUCCGUAUUAUACUGACAAUUGCAAAGACUCAUGAAACUGUAUGUUUAGUUCAGGUCAUUAACACAUGUAAUUUGAUCCCUUUUUGAAAAUGAUGUCUCAUGUUUCUAGAAUUUGUGCAAUCAUUAACAGCUUUAAGGACCAUCAUCCUCCUAUAACUAAAAUGACUGACUUUUAGUGAGUUCUACCCGAAGAGUUGAGGUUUCUGUCUUCUGAAAGUCUUAUUCAUGCAAGCAAACAAUAUAAAAAUGGACAGAAUUCAAGAAAUUAGUUUCUUUUUUACAUACUUAUAAUAAGGUUUUUUUUAGGGUUUUUUGUAUUAGCACAUGAGAGUAGUGACCACUUUCACUUCUAAACUUUACAAAAUAUAAAAAUAUCUCCAAAUUUCAGCAUCUUUUUGUUGAAACUACGAUCAUCUUAUAUCCACAUGUGGCUAUUUUUUACACAUGGAUAUAAGAUAAUUGUAUCUUUUUAAAAUGACUCUGGCAAAAGUCAAAGUUUUCCCUGCGGGUAAGAAAAAGGUUUUAAAUUUUCUCUGCUACAAAUGUGUUAGUUUUACUACUUCUGGUAAGGAUGAUUGAGGUUUUUGUAAACACAGUAAAAUGUCAUCAGCAUAUCAGCUGGUCUUUUGAUGCACUUGAGAUGUAUAGAUUCCUGUGAUAUGGAGGUUCUGAUAGAUAGCUGCUGCUAAGGGUUCAAUAAAUAUAAUGAAUAAAGAAGAGAGUGAUGUCAAGCGGGUUUAGCAAUGUAAAGCUUUGUGACGUAAAUCCAUCGGUGGUCACCAUGGCUGAAGGUGCAUUGUAUAGGGUCUUGAUCCAAUUAAUAAAUGACUCCC